AUGAGUGUAGAACAGUUGGAAGCAAAUUCAGAUUGUAGACGAGUUGAAGACAUAUCCUUGCUGUCACAUUCAAAAUCCAUGGAUGAUGUUUACAUUCCCCAAGUGGCCGAAAACUAUAAACCAAAGGUUGGACAAGAGUUUGAAUCGAUAGAUGGGGUACAUGAGUUCUACAUUAAAUAUGCAAAAGAGGCGGGGUUUAGUAUUCGUAGUAGUUCAACUAAGAGAUGUAAAGGUACGAAUGAAGUUGUCAGGAUAGAAUUUGUGUGUUUUAAGGAAGGAGUAUCUUCUAUAAAGGACGGUGAGAGAAAAAGGUGUCGGGGGAUGACAAGAGAAAAUUGUAAAGCUAAACUUGCCGUGGUUAGGUCAAAAACAGGGAAAUUUGUCAUCACUGUAUUUGUUGAAGAACAUAGUCAUCCAUUAUCAAACCCUCAAAGAGUGCAUUUAGUGAGGUCACAUCGUAGUGUGUCUGAAGCCAAGAAGUCACUAACCUUGCAGUUUUCAGCAGCAAAUGUGCCAACUCAUCAACAAAUAAGCAUUCUUGAAUUUGAAGCUGAAGGUAUAGAGAAUAUUGGGUGUACAAAGAAGGAUAUAUAUAACCAUGAAGCUAAGGUGCAGAAUGAAUUAAGGGGACAAGAUGCAGAACUUUUAAAGGAAUAUUUCCUAACCGAGCAAGAAAAGGAUCCAUGCUUCUUUUUUAAAAUAGAUGUAGAUGAUGAUGGUAAAUUGAAGCAUUGUUUUUGGGCUGAUUCUGUAUCUAGAAGAGCUUGUGGAUGUUUUGGUGAUGUAGUUGUAUUUGAUACAACUUACAACACUAAUCAAUAUGGUAUGAUAUUUGCACCCUUGGUGGGGGUGAACAAUCAUGGUCAAACAAUGCUUUUUGCAUGUGCCUUUUUAAGUGAUGAAAAAAUGGAAUCAUUUGUUUGGUUGUUUGAGCUAUUAAAGGAUAGCAUGCCGACGAACAACCCAAAAAUGAUCAUUACCGAUCAAGAUCUUGCAAUGACAAAGGCUAUAGUUCAGAGCUUACCGAAUACAUUUCAUACGUACUGUAGUUGGCACAUACUUGAGAAGUUCUCUACGUAUUUAAAUGCAAUCACCUAUAGAGAUUUUUAUAAGGACUUCCAACAAUGCAUUUGGGAAUCAGAAUGCCCUGAAGAGUUUGAAAAAAAAUGGGUGACUACCAUCGAGAAGGCAAGCUAG